CGCAUCUCUCUCCAUCCUGCGACUCCCGCUGGACUGCGCCAUGGAAGCGACUUGAGCUGUGCACACUGCGACACAAGGGCCUGCCCAUUCGCGUCUGCCUCACGACAAACGCGACGUCUUUGCUGCGCGACUUUGCGUGCCAGGCGAACAUGCAAAUCGCUGGCGACAAUGCUUUAGCCCAGCUCCUCCCGUAGGAGAAGCUCUCGAGAGUCUCCUCGAAACACACGCCCGACCACGAGACCCCGGGAAAGUCUGCCAUAAACAAGAAUCCUCAACUUGGGGGGAGGCAUGAGCAUAAAAGUACGAGUUAGAGCAUACUCACUCGACCAAGCCUCCAUCCCAGUCCUCCUUCGUCGCGAAGGCGGCCAGCAAUGGCGGCACCCGAGGUGACCAGCCACUCCGAGGCGAUGCCCGCCCCGAAACAGAUCCGCUUCGUCAACAACCAGGGUCAGCCACCCGCCAAGCGCAGGAGGAUCAAUGCUGCCUGCCUGACAUGCCGCAAGCGCAAGACUCGCUGCGCCGGCGAACAUCCCGUCUGCUCGACCUGCACCAAGAAUGGGCACGAAUGCCAGGGGUACACCGACCAUCCGGACGAGAAGAAGAAAGGCGAGCUCGAUGCCGUGGACGAACAUGUCCAAGUUCUGGACAAUGGACCGGAAUACGCAUUCGACAAGACGGUGGCCAGCACAGGCAGGAGAGGCAGCGGGCGGUCGGACAUAUCUACCAUGUCAGUCGCCAACAACCACAGGAUAUCUGAUGGAACAGAGCACGCACGACCGGCCUUCCGAGUCAAGUCGGAAAUUACUGAAGCAGCAGACCACGGUCAGGGGCCAGCACAGAAGCCCGCAAGGCGACGCCCAUCAGGUGCAGAGGUCCGACAGAACUCGUUUUCGACAGAAGACGGCGGCAGCUCCAUCGACCGGUCACCUUUACAGCUUCACGGUAGCGACAGUCAGAGCGUUGUCCCAUACUUUCGCUACUUUGGACCCACCGCCAUCGUGCCUGGCUUCAAGCAGAUGGUUGUCCGCGUCCAGGAUAGGCGCAGCUCCAUGUCGGCAACAUCGCCCAGCACGAGCUCCGUCUACACGGGGUUUUUGAGCUCCAUCAUGUCGGAUCAUGACACAAUGCAAGCCGAAGAGGCCCCGUUCUACGACAUCAAUGAUCAUGAACCGGUGUCGCCAGUCAUUCUCAGUCUUGUCGAACUAUUCUUUGUCCAUCUUGGGAGCACCCACGCCUUUUUGAGACGCAAUCAAUUCACCCAAAUGGUCGUGGAGAAACGCGUGGAGCCCAUAUUGGUUGACGUUGUCUGUGCGCUCGGGGCUCGUUUCUCCGACCUACCUAUCUUCAAGAAAGGUGGCGACGCAAAGGUGGCCAGGUCCGAAUAUGGCCACGUCUAUGCACAGCGGGCGAAGCUGGCGAUUGUGGACACCUUCCCGUGUCCGUCUGUAGCUGCAGUUCAAGCGUGCUUGCUCAUGGCGUAUGACAGUUUCGGCGCCGACCAGGAUAGCGCGCUCUGGAUGUAUCUCGGUAUUGCUAUUCGCAUGGCAGUGGACUUGGGCUUGACGACCGAGGAUGGAGUCCGGUUCCGCGGCGAGAACGACCCAUGGUACACUCGGCCGAUGACUCGCAAGGGAAGCCAUGGGGAGGCCUCGCAUACCUCGAAGGCUGAGGACCCUCCUGAUCACGCCUUGAGUCUGGAAGAGCAAAAGCAGGUGGAACAGGAGCGACUUGACACCUUCUGGGCUGUCUUCUUCCUGGACCGAGUGAUUUCCACGGGCACUGGCCGUUCUGUCACUCUCAAGGACGAGGAUUUUGAGCAUUGCAUGCCAAAGUCGACGCUAGAUCCCCAGUCCGGUUGGCCCCUGCCGCUCCCUAUCCUGAUACAAAUCAUACACUUGUACGGACGAGUGUCGGAUGUGUUGAACAAGAUCCGGCAUGCGCAUGACCUGACACAUGACAAGUUGCAGAGACUUGGCCAGAUGGAACACGAGUUGACUAAGCUUCAUCAGAAGAUGGACAGGCGGUUGCGCUUUGACGCCAACAACUUCCAGGCGUACAUCAAGAAUGGCCACGCGACAACAUUCAUUCUGCUGCACGUCUGGUUUCAUGCUCUCAUUAUAGUCCUGCACCAGCCUACGCUGCUGACCGGAAAGGGCGCAGUCAGUCGCAUUGGCCAACUCAAGCCGCACAGCAGGGAGUUGUCCAUGUCAAGUGCCAAGACAAUUGCUGAUAUUCUCGCCUUUGCCGAGUUGUUGGAUCCGCUCUGCUCGAUCGCAAAUCCCUUCACGUCGCAACCAAUAUAUAUCGCAGCGAAUGCAUUUCUCAUGGAAUCACGCGUAGCUGGCUCAAACCCGGGCUCGCCCGAAGCCUCCACGCCGACUGCAACGCAGCAGAACAGAGGUGGACUAGCGAACAGCAACGACAAGCACAUCAUGAGGCAUUCACUUUUGGCGUCUGCCGCGAACCAGAACUACCAGGGUUGCUACAAGGCUCUGAAACAGAUGCAUGCGUACUGGGGAGGCGUCCGCUAUAUCCUGACAGCACUGGACCAAAAGUCGGAAGGCAAAUGGGACUGUGAAACGUACACGGUCGAGGAGUAUGAGAGCACAAAGCGAUCUCGGCUACCCAGUGCUGCUGAACGACUCGGUCCUAAGAUGAUGGAACAUCUACGCACAGCACCAACAACAGAAGCCGGCCCACCACUGGCCUGGUCGCUAACUGGUACGACCGACUCACCCAACUCGAGCUUGACUCUCCUUUUCCAGACGCCUGCUGCCAAUGGAGCCGCCAUUGGCCGUUCCGCCACGGCGCAUGCCUUCAGUGGCGCGGCUGCCAGCCACUCGUCCCCGCAGUCGGCGCCAACGCCACCAGGGAACAUGAUCUACGACCCUAUCCGACAAAGUCGUCCAGAGACUGCAGCAAUGUUCCCUCCCGCUUCUCCAUUUGUACAGCCCAACACGUCAAAUCUGCGGCAUUCUGCUGGCCGACCUCGACGUGUUUCGACCGUGUCGGCUACUGGAAAGACAGGCCAGCAGUAUGAGGUGGCGUCCGGGGCAGACACGACAGGAUUGGCCUCAAGUCCUGAAAUGCGAAUGAGUGGUCCAAGCGCUGCACGUAACGGCAGUAAUAGCAGCAUGGCUAUGGUGCUGCCGCCAGCUUCAUCGCAUGACGUGAAUGGUCAUUUCAACUUCCAGGCCGACACCACAUCGGCGAACAUUGGCGCCGGCGAGCAACACAGGGGAUACCUCAGCUCCCAGACUCGCCAGGAGCCGGCCUCAGCUAUGAGCGCCGUCUUAUUCUCCAACACAGCACAAGAUACGAAUGAGCCGUCGAACUUCGCCUCGAGCGGCAGCGGCAUGGCUUCGGGGGGAUACUCGUACCCGAUCGGUGGCGCCGGCGGCGGGACCGAAUCUGGCAUGAUCACGUCCACAACCACGAGCACUGCUGGGACCACGGUCAACGGUGGAGCGUCCGAUCUCCACUUUGUCACAUUCUACAACGAGGCCGACUUUGGGCAGCACCUCACAAGCUUUGAGCAGAAUGAGAUGAUGAGCUGGCUUGGGGACUACUAUCCGAAUGAUGUCCUGAGUUUCAGUCCUGGUAUGAACCUCGGUUGAGCCUCCUCGCCUAUCGUACUUGCCUUGGAGGAUGGCGUCACCGCCAGCUAGGCCCCAUUGAUCGUGAGCGAGGGAGAAAUGGCAUGAUGUUUUCCCCGGUUGUGGUGGCCUUUCUUUUUCAUUAAUGAGGCACAUUUCAUGCGAAGUGGGAGUACGUGAUUUUCUUGACCUGCCGGUCCGUCAUGGGUUUUGCCUUGGGAAAUUGAGCGUGAUUCCAUUUUUUAGAUACCCUUGCUUUAAACACAAUAUCACAUGAUGUCGUUCCUCUUCCG